CUCAGUUCAGAGGUAUAACCUUUUUACAAUUUGUUCCCUAUUUAAAUUGUUCUAUAUUUACUUAAAAAUUGCGUGCGUGAUGGCUAAUGCAACCAAGAAAUUACCUGGAGAUUCAAAGAAGUCAAUACACACUACGAAAGUCACGACCACUGAGCCCGAGGAUCCAGUGGAGCGGAUGCGGUACAAGUACUGCGUAGUGCCGGGCUGCAAGAACACCACCAGCACGUCACCGCAGAAACUGUUCUUCAGCAUCCCCACGGGGCCGCUGCGCACGCGCUGGUGCGAGGUGAUGGAGCGUUGCGCGCCGGCGCACAAGCCGCUAUCGGCCACCAGCAACCGGUUCUGCUGCGAGGACCACUUUGAUCUUGAACGAGACAUGGAAAACUACAUUCAAUGGAAAGUGAUGGGCACAAAGAAAACCAAGAAACUAAUUUUAAAAAAGGGUAUUCUUCCUCACAAGUUCCCCUGCCGCGAACAAGACGACAAUACCACUAAAGAACAAGUGGAAAAUACUUCAGAAGCACAAAGCAAAGGAGAACAGAAAUUACUGGAAACUCAAGAAAAACCAAAAAAGCGAAAAAUGAUGGGUGAAGGUGAACCACAAGGUAGUCAAAAGGUUACAAAAGCUUCACCUGUAACAGAAGAAGAGAUUAUCCUGGAGCAAAGAAAGAAAUUACAAAAGAUUUCACACGUAAGCUUUACACAAGACACAGAAGUAACUACGCCAGAGGAAGACGUAGAAACAUAUACCUUUAUGAUUAAAGUUGAAGCUGAAGAUGAUACUGAACUAAAUGGCGGUGAAAUUCUUCUAGAAGAGUCAAUUUUUAUGGAUCCUAACACUAUCAUUCAAGAUCCCGAUAAUUUACUCGACGUUAAAGUCAAAGUUGAGCAAUUAGACGAGGAUUUUGAACCGGAAGUGAUAAAAGAAGAUACACAAAAAUAUGUAAUAGAAGAUGAAACUAAUAAUACAGUUGUAACUCAAACUCAUUCCAUAAAAAUAGAGAAUCUAAGUGAAGAUCUAGGUUAAAGCUCCAACAAAUUAUUUCCUAACCUAACUGAAGCUCAUAAUCAAUAAAGGAGAUUUUGGUGAAUCAUAAAAGAUGAGUACAAGAAAUUAUAGUGGAAUUUUAUUCCAUGACAUAAAAUUCCAUUUACCUACCUACAUCU